CAGGCCAGGGACAGUGUCGGGUUCGUGUGUGCUUAAAGUCAGAGAUGGAGGCCGAGGUUUUGUUUGAGUAUAGGAAAGAGAAUCCUGAUGAGCUGGAUCUCAAGAUUGGAGAAAUCAUCACCAAUGUCACAGAGGUGGUGGAUGAUGGCUGGUGUGAGGGGACCAAGAAUGGAGAAAGAGGGAUGUUUCCUGACAACUUUGUCAGGUUGAGGCCCUCUCUAGCUUCAAGCGAU